GUGCUACAAUAAGUUGCUAUUUUGGCAUUUUCUUUUAAUUAUUUAAUUCAAUUGGCGAAAAUUACAUUUUUUGUUUGUUUGCAUUUUGUUUAGGGGGGCUAGAACUGUGCCAUAACAUCCUAGAGGAACAAUUACUAUUAUAUCCGCAGGGUGUGUGGUUUCUUAUUUUUAAGGGACGACUAGAAUUCAUGAAGGGUAAUUUGGAUGAAGCGCAGUAUUGGUACAAAAAAUCAUGGAAAUCACAAAACGUCUGGACACAGUUCCAUCAUCUCAGUUUUUGGGAGUUAUUGUGGGUAAACUGUUUGAAGCUGGACUGGCGGGAGGCGAAAUUGUACGCCAGCUAUUUAGUGGAGCACAGCAAAUGGUCUCGUACGAUUUACUCCUAUCAGCAAGCGGCUGUAAUGCUAAUGAACGAUGAUCUCGACGACAAUGAGCUGGAAACUGUUGAGUCUCUAAUGCAUGAUACACCCAAGUAUAAGCAAAGGAUCGCCGGAAAAUCACUACCUAUGGAGAAAUUCAUUUGUAAGAAGGUGGCGCGAUAUUUUGCGCAAAAUCAUUACCUCUGUCUUCCAGCUGUUGAGCUGAUGUUUGUCUGGAACGCAUUCAAAGUGCUUAGCAAAAAUUAUCAGCUAGCUGACGCUCAAUGCUCAAGCAUUGUGUUUUUUAUUACGUGGCGCUUGCUAUCGACAAAUGAAGCAGCCAUUCCUCGCAUUGCAAGAUCUUGAAGCGUGCAUAAACUUGCAAAGUCAAAUCAAAGAAGACACAUAUUUGAUGGCCUACGCCUGCGUGGAAUCGGGACUGGUGCAUGCAGACGAACAAAAUUAUGAAUUGGCUAUCACCACAAUUGAGGAAGCGAAG